AUACUGGCCACCUGUCAACUACUCGUUGAUAUAUCAACCAACCGGCAUCCUCUUGAAGAUGCCCUUGCUGCACGUCGCGGCCGCCGCCACCGGCAACAGACGAAGACCCCACAGCGGAUGGGACCUCGACAGGAGGUGCUGGCCCCUCACCCCGUCUCCCAACCUUCCAACUUACCCCAAGUGCCCUCAUACCAACGCCCUCGUCAAGGUUUGGCUUCAGUGCAGCCGCCGCCUGAUCUUACUACUCCG